UUUCCCGUCGGUCCCCAUUACAAUGCCAGAAAUCGAGAAAAAGCCAAUCAACUUCUCCAAUAUCCUCCUUGGUGCCGGUUUGAACUUGGCUGAGGUCACCACCCUUGGCCAGCCCUUGGAAGUGGUCAAGACUACCAUGGCCGCCAACCGUUCGUUAUCCAUUGUCCAGGCCACCAAGUUGGUGUUCUCAAGAGGUGGCAUCUACGGGUUCUACCAGGGGUUGAUUCCCUGGGCCUGGAUCGAGGCCUCCACCAAGGGUGCCGUGUUGCUCUUUGUUUCAGCUGAAGCCGAGUACAGAUUCCGCAAGCUUGGUGCCAGCAACUUCGUGGCUGGUAUGGGAGGUGGUAUCAGUGGUGGUCUUGUGCAGUCGUACUUGACCAUGGGGUUCUGCACCUGUAUGAAGACGGUGGAAAUCACCCGUGCCAAGCAAGCUGCCGUGGCUGGUGUGCCUCAGCAGACCUCGUUCCAGGUGUUCAAGGACAUCUACGCCAGAGAGGGCAUAAGAGGUAUCAACAAGGGUGUCAAUGCCGUGGCCAUCAGACAGAUGACCAACUGGGGUUCCAGAUUCGGUCUCUCCAGAUUGGCUGAAGAAGGAAUCAGAAAGUUGACCAAGAAGGGCGAGGACCAGAAGUUGAAUGCCGUUGAAAAAAUCGCUUCGUCGGUGAUUGGUGGUGGUCUUUCUGCAUGGAACCAGCCCAUUGAGGUCAUCAGAGUGGAAAUGCAGUCCAAGACCUCCGAUCCUAACAGACCCAAGAACUUGGGUGUUGGCUCUGCGUUCUCGUACAUCUACAAGAACAACGGUAUCAAGGGCUUGUACAGAGGUGUGACCCCAAGAAUCGGUUUGGGUGUUUGGCAGACUGUUUUCAUGGUUGCUUUUGGUGACAUUUUCAAGAAGUUGUUGAAUGCCGACGGAGGUCAUUAGGCUAGACUGGUUCUCCUACAAUACACGGUGAGAUAGAC